AUGUCAGAUUCAGAGGAUUUAGAUGAUUUUGAUAUUAUUUUAAAUAGUAAUCAACUUGAUACAGAUUCCGAUGACGAAUACACUAACAAAAACAAGUACAGAAAUCGGACUGCCAAUAGAAAAGGAAGCAAGAAAAAAUCAAGGAUAAAAGAUGAAGAUGUAAGCUUUGUAUCUGGUGGUUUACUAAACCUAAACGCAGAAACUAAUGAAGAACCGGUGGAAGAAACUAAACCAAAGCCAAACGUCCAAUUAAACGACGCUAGCUUGUCAAAAUUAUAUGGGAAAGGCUUAAAUAUGAUUAAAAAAAUGGGAUAUAAGGGAGGAACCUUAGGAACUAGCUCAAAUAUUCCAGAAGAUCGUAAAGUUAGUCAAGAUUACCCGAAAUCACCUCAAAGACAGAAUUUGGCACAAGAUAACUAUAGAAGACUAAAUCAUAAAAGGCAGGAAAUAAUUUUAGAGAUAAAGAAACUAUCGGAAAAUAAUCUAGAGAUACAACUAGAUAUCAAACUUAUAAAUAACAAUAUAAAUAACAAGCAAUCGGUAAUAAAUAAUAUAAAUGAUAAUAAAUCGCUGGUAAUUGAUAAUUUUAAACUCUUAUUAUCGAGUUUAACCUCAACUGAUGAAAAAACAACGGAUGAUGACCUUAGAGAAGAACAGCUAAUAAAUAAAAUAAUUGAAAUUUUAAUUGAUAAUAUUAACUUGUUGAAGAAGGUGAUAAAAAUAAUAUUUAAAAAGAAAUUUAAAGUGAAAAAUGAUUCAAAUUUGGACUUUGUAAGUAAUUUACUGAGAAAUGAAAAUGUUUUAAGUAACCCCGCAGUUUAUAACACUGUGCUCGAUUGUGUUAAUUAUUACUUGAUUAACAAUUUGAUAACAUAUUACAAAUCUAACCUUAAUUUGGAAAAUAUUGAAAAGUGUAUUGGAAUUUACAACAUGAUUAAAGGUGUGAAGAUUGAUUUAGAAGCGGUAAACAAGUUUUUAAUUUCGAAGUUUUGCAAGGAAAUCGACACAAACCUCAAGACCAGUCACUUGGUAACAUUUCCUUUCUUAGAAUUCCUAGAAGAUGAUGAAAUUGAAGUGAUUACAAGGAAAUUUACGGGCAAAUUUGAAGAAGAAUUUAAAAUUUUAAGCUUAAACGAGGGUGAAAAAAUCGAUCAAUUGUUCCAAAUUUUAAAUAAUUGGUUAAGUUUACUUUCAAACCCAUCUGAUUUGGUUUAUAAUGUUUUGUAUAACAAAUUAACAGGUUAUUCCAUUGAAGAUAAUCCUAAUGAUGUUUCGGAUAUAUUGAGAAAUGUAAUGAAGUUUGAAAAAAUGGUAAAUGUAAAGGAAUUGUUGGAAAAAACGGUAAUAAUGAGCUUUAGGAAUCAUUUGACUCGGGAAAUUUCCUCUGCCCUCAGUUACUCCGCAGUGGAAUCCUGUGUUGAUUUGUAUUUGAAGUUUAAAUCUUCAUUGCCAGAUUAUAUAAAUAGUGACCAAAAUAUACAAAAUAACUACUAUAGACCAAUAUUGCAAAAUAUUGAUUUAUACGUUAAUAAAUCUAGUCAAUAG